AUGAGUUACAGAUUAAGUUCUAGUGGAAAGGAUAAUGUUGUUAUUGUAGAUGGUAGCAAUAGUGCUAGUAGUAAUCACAAUGAUACAAGUCCUAAUAAUACUCAAAAUAAUAAUUCAAAUGAUAAUGUUAGUGAUAGCAAUGAAAGUAAUAAUGAUCAGAUAGACGAUGAUGUAAAUGAUGUGAUUGAUGAUAACAAUGUCACUAACUUCUCUUCAUCCACAGCUAGUAGUGGCUCAUCGGAUGUGAAUGCAUUUAAUUGGGAAGGCCUACUGCAAGCAAUCGCCUUACCACGAAGCCAGCCGAAGAAGUUUCGUGGUGACCCAUUACGCUACCAUGCCUUCAUCACUUCAUUCCAUAGUACAGUUUCACAGGUACCUGAUGAUGGCUUUAAACUACAGCAUUUACUUUCCCUCCGUCAGGGAACAGUCUAUUCCUCUAUUCAGUACUGUGUACUAAAGCCAGCCACAGAAGGGUACCAAGCAGCUCUUAAGAAGUUGAAAGACAAGUUUGGAGAUGCUGAUAUAAUCACUAAAGCCUGGAGUGACAAAAUAUUAAAGAGAUGCAGUUACCAUCGACUCCCUUAG